AUGGACGAGAGGUGGGCCAAGAGGGCCUGCCAGGGGGCUUUGCUGCGGAAGUUUGAACUGACCCCCGAGACGUACAGGAAACGAUUCCAGGGUGUACGCAAGACCUCAGGUGUCUCUUACAAGGAGGUCACCAACCUGCUGGGGGAAUAUCUCUGCAAGUGGGGGAAGGGCACAGGGGCCACUACCACAGAGGACGCGUAUAACCUGGUGGGGUUGGAGCAGCUGUAUGACAUCUGCCCUCCAGACCUUAAGAUGUGGCUAGUGGACCGGAAGCCCAAAGAUCUGCGCAGUGCAGGGGCAGUGGCAGAUGAGUUUGCGGACAAGCUCCCUGCGCCCGGACCCUCCAUCUCCGUCAGCCCUAGAGGGGUGAUCGCCCCGGGACAAGCCAUCACCAUCCGCUGUCAGUGUCCGUGCGAGGCCAGGAGAUUAUUUAUGUAUAAAGAUGGAAUCAAAAUCCGGGAGGUGGAAGCUGCUGGGGAUGGGGGUGAAUUCACCAUCCCCAGCACCAGAUGGGAAGACUCAGGGAGCUACAGCUGUCGAUCUCGCUCCAGAUUAGAGCCGCCCAACAGGUCGGAUCCCAGUGAUUACGUGCGGAUUGUUGUAGCAGAGCCCAGCUACCCCAAACCCAUCAUCUCCCUGAGACCCAGCGGGGGGGUCUCCCUGGGGGGAGCCGUGAGCGUCUGGUGUCGGGGGCAGCGCCGGGGAGUGCGGUUCGUGCUGAAUAAAGAGGGACGCCAUUUCCCACCUGUGGAUUCGGAUGACAUUGAGGCUGUGUUUCCCAUCAGCAACGUGAGCCGGGAGGACGGCGGGAGCUACAGCUGCUCCUAUCACAGCAGAUCGGAGCCGCUCGCCGUGUCGUACCCCAGCGACCCCAUGGAGCUGGUGCUGAGAGAUCCCAGCUUACCCAGACCCUCCAUCACUCUGAGCCCCACUGGGGUCACCGCCCCAGGGGCAGACGCCACCAUCCGGUGUCAGGGGCAGCGCCGGAACGUGACGUUCUUCCUGCACAAGGCUGGAGACCUGAACCCGCAGCGACACGUGGACCCUGCUGGGGACGGGGCCGAGUUCCGCAUCCCCACCAUGGGCCGGCAGCACGGAGGGAACUACAGCUGCAGCUACCGGCCCCAAUCAGAGCCCUUCAUCUCGUCAUACCCCAGCAGCUAUGUGGAGCUGGUGGUAGCAGAGCCCAGCUACCCCAAACCCAACAUCUCCCUGAGCCCCAGCGGGGGGGUCUCCCUCGGGGGAGCCGUGACUGUCUGGUGUCGGGGGCAGCACCGGGGCAUGCGGUUCGUGCUGAAUAAAGAGGGACGCCAUUUCCCACCUGUGGAUUCGGACGGGUUUGAGGCUGUGUUUCCCAUCAGCAAUGUGAGCCGGGAGGAUGGUGGGAGCUACAGCUGCUCCUAUCACAGCAGAUCGGAGCCGUUCACCGUGUUGUACCCCAGCGACCCCGUGGAGCUGGUGGUGAGAGGGGCAGACGCCACCAUCCCGUGUCAGGGGCAGCGCCGGGACGUGAGAUUCUUCCUGCACAAGGCUGGAGACCUGAACCCGCAGCAACACGUGGACCCUGCUGGGGACAGGGCCGAGUUCCACAUCCCCACCGUGAGCCGGCAGCACGGAGGGAACUACAGCUGCAGCUACCGGCCCCGAUCAGAGCCCUUCGUCUCCUCAGAGCCCAGCAACCCCGUGCAGCUGGUGGUAGCAGCAGCCCCCCCGGAUUUCACCAACACCAACAUCGCCCGCCUGGGGCUGGGUGCCACGGUCCUGCUCGUCCUGGGGCUGAUCCUGGCUGAGGCCUAUUACAGCCGCCCAAGGGGGGCACCCUAG